GGCUAGUAGCUAUUCAGUACCCUUACGUUGAACACCCUCAAUUGUCUGUCAAAAAACUUAGCAUUUGUGCUCACAUAAAACUCGGCUGACCCGCCUCGCGCGUCUUCCAGCCAGUGUCGCAUGCCAUAUUCCGUGGUUUCCGUAAUAAAUCUGUGGGCCGUUAAAAUCCUCUACGGAGUCGAAAGAAAAUUGUAAACCGUGGUGAGUGAGUGCUACCCUGCCCGAAAAACAUCCCCCUACCCGUUUAUUGGUCCGCACGUAAGCGCUACCCUUAUCAUCUGCUCAUCCGGCCAAACAAUAGAGGGAUAUAAUUCCUGUGAUCGGGGGUAAAUACUUAGUCGUGCUACCCCUGACUGUUCUCCAGUCGUUCUUUCCUUUUCUUCCGUGCGGAUCACUUUCCUUUUUUUUCUUUUUUAAUGCACAUUUUUACGGAAAACCGGUGUAACGUUUAACUGCCGUUCCUAGGGAAAGCAUUUUUUGUAGGAAAAAACUCGUUUUUAUUUUUUUGGGUUAUUUUCAAAAAGUGAAACAUGUUAAUAGGCCUUUUUCCGGCUACUACCAUCCAGACCACUCCAACAGUAAAUUGAUUGCGCUUGCAUUUCAAAAGCUAGGACCACUUAAUUUCAAUUCAUGAAUACUGCUGCUUCAUCCAAUAAAUUAUUGCCAUUCAAGGACUUCCGCCCCUCAAAUGAGAACAGAACGGAGGAAGAUAGUUAACCAAUUCUAAACGAUUUUCCGGUUUUACCGCAUCCCCGUGUAGUAGACAUCCCCUUCGAUACUGACGGCAUGCCGAGCGAAGGAAAGUUGAUGUUUUUCUGCUUCGUUUUGUUGACAAUGAUUCUCCAGGUUAUUUUCGUUCACUCCAUGAUCGGUGACAGUGAACCACCUGAAGUAGUUUGGGCAGAAAUAGAUGGGACAGCCGAACUACCGUGCAGAGGGGAAAACAAUUACACAGACGUGGCUAUGAUUUUAUGGUUCAAAGGAAAUACCGGAGUUCCUUUAUACACCGUGGAUAAAAGGGACGAAAACCGCGGACGUCCUAUACAUUCGGCUUUAACUUCAAAACUGGGCACGAGGACCUACUAUGUUAAUGGGGAACCGGGACAUCUCCGGAUUCAGAAGAUAGUACCCACGGAUGUGGGCAUUUACAGAUGUCGCAUAGAUUACCUCAAUGCCCCGACGACCAAUUUUAAGGUUAACCUCACAAUAAUAGUUCCUCCUUCUGAGCCUAAUAUAUAUUUUGAGGACGGCGAUGAUGUACGGGAUGUCGCUGGCCCUUAUUUGGAAGGACAUGAAAUUCGGUUGACAUGCAUCGUAAAUGGAGGAGAUCCUGUACCGAUGGUAUAUUGGCUGUUGGAGAGUGAGAGAUUGGAUGGCACAGAAGGAAAAAAUCUCCCAAAGGGUGUAAUUAUAAAUCGCCUUCAUCUUGGCCCAGUGACUAGGAAUCUCCACGGGAAAACUAUAUCCUGUCAAGCUAUAUCGGCAAAAGGGGCCAACCCCAAAACAAGAACAGUAACUAUAUCGCUUUACCUUCGUCCUACGUCGGUGAAGAUUUUAUCUGCACCAAGUUACAUGUCAUCGGGUACAAUUCAUCAGUGUAUAUGUAGCACGGAAGGAUCGUUGCCGCCUGCUAACAUUUCCUGGUUCAUAGAUGGCGAACCAGUCAGGAAUUCAAUAAUCACAGUUAAGAUAGGAGUGAAGGAAACCAGUAGUAUUUUGAACUUGAAAGCCCAGUGGAGCGACGAUGGAAAAGUUCUAACGUGUAAAGCCUCAAACUCCAAGUACCCUCAUUUUCACAUGAGUGAAGAUCGUCAUUUGAAAGUUGGAUAUCCUCCAAUUGUCUCUGUACGCAUUUUGUCGAAUCGUGAUCAGAAUUUUCUUCAAAUGGGCGACAAUAUCACCUUGCUCUGCCAGGUUAAGUCUAAUCCGCCAGUAAUGUCCAUAAUGUGGUACCACAGAACUGAUGCUUAUCCAUUGCCGCCAACUGGAACCGAGUUGAACAACGCUUUACAGCUGAUCAAUAUAUCACUGCAGCACGCUGGUGACUACAGUUGUGUGGCCAAAAACAGCGAAGGGACGACAAGAAGCCGUCCGGCCAACCUAAGAAUAAGGCACGCUCCAGUUUGCAAAGAGGGUGAACAAAGAAAAACUAUCGGGUUGUUAAAAAAUCAAUCCGUCUUUCUCUCGUGCGAGGUCGACGCCAAUCCGAAUACAAAUCUCAAAUUUAGAUGGACGUUCAACAAUUCCAAGGACGUUCUGCCGCUUCCGUCCAGCUGGAUGAGGACGACGGGAUCGGUCAGUUUUUUUAAUUACACCCCCGCAACAGACGUGGAUUUCGGAACGAUCGGCUGUUGGGCAGAAAACGUUGUCGGCAAACAGCAGCAACCGUGUUUAACCAAUUUGGUUCAAGGGAGUUUACCACCUGCGCCUUCGGAUUGUGAAGUGGUUCACAAUAACGUCACCAACAAACUACGUCUCGUUUGCAUCCCAGGCGGCAAUGAAGAUUCGACAGCGGAGCACCAUUAUGUGGUGGAAGUAAAUGAAAUCGAAGCCGGUGGGCAAGGUGGACUUGGUCUGAUGGGGGAUGAAGCGCUUGGUCCCCCUUUGUACCGCAUGCUCAGUCAGUUUCCAUCUUUUAAUCUGGACAAACUGAAGCCAAACCGGGAUUACAAAUUGGAAGUAUACGCUAAAAAUGUUUACGGACUUUCCCAGCCUCCUUAUGUCAUCAACGGUGUACGCUUCCCUGCGAAAGAAGCCAGUGCACAGGAGCAAGAUCUCACAAAAAUGGAUGAAGAGUUGGAGUCUGCCAUUAUCUACGGAUUGAUCGCGAUCGCCAGCCUCAUCAUCCUCCUCACGAUCGUGCUUUCUGUGUCUUACAACUAUAUCAGGAAACGACGAAACGAACACAAGGGUAAUAAUUUGGCUCUAAACAAUUUAGGACCUUCGGUUGUUGGAAUACGUGAUAACGAUUUGGAAGAAGAGGGUUGUAAUUUUAUUGAUACACACUAGCGUUUUCUCGUUAAUUUUCCUUGAGAAUUUCUUUUAAACUAUUUUGUUCCUUUGACGAAACAAUACACCGAUAGUUUUAUUUUCCUUAGUUACGAUUGUUGUUUUAAUUUCGUUUUAUUAUUUAAGUAUUAAUCAAAAUUAUA